ACGACAAAAUAAAUGUGUCCGUGAAAUACCGAAUAUAAAUUAAACAAAAAUAUAUAAUAUUAUAAUCGUUUUUUAUGUCAAUUGUUUCUUUUUUUAAUUUGUUAUUGUUUUGUAAUAUUAUAAUAUAUUAACCUAUUGGUAGAUUAGAUUAAACAAAAAAAUAAUAAUAAUAAUAUAUUAUAUUUUGUUCAAUCAUGUACCGUCAACGUUUAUGGUCGGUGCUUGCAAAACCGUCGAACAUACCGAAUAGCGUUGCCGGACCGUCGCGCAACGUGCAGUGUCGCAAAAUUGUAUUCGAAGAAUUCGGUGAUCCGAUCAAAGUGGCCAAACUCGUCGAAGACACCGUUCCGGACACGGCAGGAGACGAUCAAGUGAUCGUGAAAAUGAUAGUGGCGCCGGUCAAUCCCGCCGACAUCAACACCAUCCAAGGCGUGUACCCCGUGAAACCGACGCUGCCCAGCAGUCCCGGAUACGAAGGCGUCGGAGAAGUGAUUUCCGUGGGCUCGCACGUAAAACAUCUCGUGCCCGGGGAUCGAGUAAUACCCGAAGGCGUCAUCGGUACUUGGCGGACGGCGGCCGUAUUUCGUUCUUCCGAACUCGUCAAAGUGGACAAAGACAUCGACAUACACGCCAUCAGCGGGAUUUCGUCGAACCCGUGCACUGCGUAUCGCAUGUUACACGAUUUCGUUAACUUGAACAAAAACGACGUGAUCAUACAAAACGGAGCCAACAGCGCGUGCGGUCAAAACGUCGUGCAGUUAGCGCGACAUUACGGAUAUAAGAGCGUAAACGUAAUCCGUAAAAGACCCGAACCAGACUUGGGGAACUUGAAGAAUCGUCUCACGUCUCUAGGGGCUACUUACGUACUGACCGACGAAGAACUGAGGACGACGGAUAUUUUUAAAAGCGGAGCUUUGCCAAAACCACGAUUGGCGCUCAACAAUAUCGGCGGAAAGAGUUCCACCGAAGUGUUACGUACUCUGGACAACGGCGGCGUCAUGGUAACGUACGGUGGUAUGUCACGAGAACCCGUGAUCGUACCGACGGCGUCGUUCAUCUUCAAAGACGUACAACUCCGAGGGUUUUGGAUGACUAGAUGGCACAAACAAAAUGCGGGCACCGUACAGAGACAGCAAAUGUACGACGAACUAUCGAAAAUGAUGAAGGACGGCGAGUUGGUCGCUCCUGCUAACAAGACGUUGCCAUUGGAAUCGUUCAAAGAAGUGUUGCAGAACACCAUGUCGACAAAAGGGUACGCCGGCGUUAAAUUCUUUUUGGAUUUGCAACAGUUGUAAUGGAAAAAUAUUACUCGUUUCGUUGUUGUAUUGGAAAAAAAUUACAUACAUACAUAUAAGAUUAUUUAUUACUAUACUGAUAUUACGAUACUGUUUUUUGGUGUAUAUUAUGUUUAUAAAAAAUACAAUGUUAUUUGAAUGAAAUUACCCUGUUUCAUAUAAUGACAUUGCUUAUUAUCGUA